AAUUCAAAAUACUGGACGUAGUAGCAGACGAAAACAAUUGGCGCCUCGUUCUCGACUUGUUCGUCAAUGUGAUCUCUGUGAUUUUUCUUCAUCAACAAUAAACGAAUUUAAAAAUCAUAUGAAAUUCGAACACGGACAGGACGAAGUUUUUCUAUGUGAUACAUGUCGAUAUUAUUCAUUAUCUUCAUAUGAUUUUCAUGUACAUCUUAAUUCUCAUCACAAUGAAUCAUCUAAAAAUAAUCAUCGAUCACCAUCACCACCACCAAAAUUAAAUCUUUCAUUACAACAACCUUCAAAUGUCGAAUUUGAAGGUGAUUUAGAAGGAGUUGAUGAUGAUGUUGAACAUCAACUUAAUAUUGAAGAUUCAAAAGAACAAAAUACAACAAUAUUUGAUAAUGAUGAACAAAGUUCUGAUGAUGAACAAGUAAGAGAAAAAAAACGAAAUUUUUUAAAUAUUCGCUUAUUCGUCAAAAUAAAGUUAUCAGUUUUUAUCGAAAGAGGGCGCACGUUCUCGGCAUAACAUUAGAAGAUAAAUACGAAAUAUUUUAUUAGUUCUAGACUUAGAAAAAAAAAUGAGAAAUCAAAUUUUUCAAUAAAUUGCACAAGUUUUGAGAUAGAAUAAUAUCACCAAUAUUCUGUGAUUUUUCUUUUAAAAUAAAUUACAUGAGUUUAAAUCGAAAUAAUAAUCUAUAUUUGAAUAACUAAACAUAAAUAACCAAGUCAGUGGCGGAUCUAAGAUUUCGGAAGAUACGGGCGUUUCCGUAUAGGGGCAGGGGGGGUCGAUUAAAGUGAACCCAAGUUUUUUCAAUCACCGUUUACACUAUCAGAGCACUUCGAUAGAGUUGACUGAGGUUCACGGAGAGUGCAACUCGCUCAGUAGAUACUUUUCGUGAACUUCGGUCAGCUCUAUCGAAGUGCUCUGAUAGUGUAAACGGUGAUUGAAAAAACUUGGGUUCAGUUUAAUCGACCGGCGGGGGGCGAUUUCGACUAAAAAUUAUUUUUGAGUCCAAUCGAAGUAGUGUGAACCUAUGUUUGCUGUAAAGAAUAAAAAAAAUUCUGAACGGGCGGUAGGCGACCGCACCCGUCGCCCACCCCUAAAUCCGCCCAAGCGAUAUAUAUCUACUAUGAUUUAUUUUUCGUGUCCUAUAAUGAUAUUUUUCAUUAAUCGAUUAUAAUAAAUAGUCUUAUCUAUCAAACGAUGACCUAGUACUAAGAAAUAAAUAAUGAUCUACUUUUAUAAAGUUAAUUUUAAACGUAUGUCCUUAUACAGUAGUUUCAGACAUAAGACAUUUAUAUUCAUUUAUAUUGAUAGACAUAUGGAUAAAAUAAAAAACAAAAUUUGUUCAUUUUCGUUUAACUUCUGUUACCAAAAAUCGGAUAUUAAAUUUCUAUCUUAACU